AAGAACUUGUUCAGAGCUCUAAUCCUAAACCCUAACCGAUCUCUCUUCCUGCCAACCUAACAAAGAUGCAAAAUCUGUUCUUAAAAAGUCUAUACCCUAAACCCAACAACUCAACCUUCCUCUGUUUCUUCUCUUCUCUAUCGUCUCUUACACACUCUCCCUCCUCAAACCCACCCCUCUCCAAUUUCCUCAUUGAAACCUUGGCAUUCUCGGAACCACGAGCCGUUUCCAUCUCCAAUCGCUUCCCACCCACCAAAACCCUACAAAAGCCACUGGCCGUGGUUCAAUUUCUCAGACAAUUCGGCUUAUCCGACGUCCAAAUUCAAUCUUCCGUUCGGCUCUUUCCCAAAAUCCUCUUCUCUGACGUAGAAAAGACUUUGAAACCCAAGCUGCAGUUUUUUCAGGACCUGGGUCUCACUGGUCCUGAGUUGGGUAAGUUCAUUUCGAAGCAUUCUAGGAUUUUGCAUGAUAGUUUGGAGGAAAAAUGGAUACCCUGCAUUAAUAUGAUCAAGAAAACCCUUGUAAAUGAUAAAAAUAGUCAGGAUUUGAUUAGGGUUCUGCAGAAGUCCCGUUGGGUCGUCUCCAACCCUGAAUUGAAAUUGAAACGCAGCAUUGCCUUCUUGGAGAGCUGCGGCAUUGUUGGGUCCCAGCUUGCGUUGCUUUUGAGGUCGAAACCUGUGCUUUUCUUUCAGCAAGAGCAGGCUCUUAGGGUCCUCAUUUCGCGAGUUUUAGAUAUGGGGUUUUCUGUUGAUUCAAGGAUGUUGGUUCAUGCUGUGCACGCAGUUAGUGGCAUAAGUGGUGAGACUUUUAGUAGGAAGGUUGAAGUGUUUAGGAGUUUUGGGUUCUCAAUGGAUGAAUGUAUGGAUAUGUUUAGGAGGGCUCCAGGAAUACUUAGGACUUCCGAAGAUAAGUUGAAGUUUAAGAUUGAUUUCUUCUUGAAUGAUGCCAAGUUGGACAGGUGUGCGUUAGUUAGUGGGCCUAAUUGUUUGGCGUAUAGCAUGGAGAAGAGAGUAAUUCCUCGUUAUAGAGUUUUACAGGUUAUCAAGUCCAAGAGACUGUUACAGAAGGGGCCGAGUUUUCUUUUGGUACUUCGUUUGUCGGAAGAGGAGUUUCUAAGGAAAUUUAUAUCAAGGUUUAGAGAUGACGGGGAGGAACUUUUGGGGACUUACAAGGGCAAUCCUUUAGAUUCUUGACUCUUCAGUGUAAUAGGAAAUCUAAACCUCUUAUUCAUUCAUGUUUUAAACUAUCAUGACCAAUUUCUCUAUUGAUGUCGCACUUUGGGGUUGCUUAGCGGUGAGAAACUUCCCUAUGGGAAAGCCUUGGGCACCUCCGGAACCACAAAUAGAGUCAGAACUUGGGCUUUUGCCACAUGCUUCCCUCAAGUCCCAACCCCGAGUACUCUUUUGAAAAAUCACUCGUAUUUUGGUGUUUAAAUUUGGCAAGUUCUAGCUUUAUGUUAUGCAGUGUACUGUCGUUGACAAUUUUUUUUUAACAUGAUAGCAUGGUUUAAUAGCCGUAAGCAAUUAGGGUGCACUGUGUAUUUUUUUGAUCGGCGUAGGGUUCACUGUGUUGAACCAUAUGGGAAUGAGGCAGGUUAAGGGUGACUUGGUUGGACAUGUAAUUUGCUGAAGAAGUGGUCUCAAUUUCCUGAAGAAGAUUAUCGACAACAAGUCGUGCCUUUUUGGUUGAGUAAAAAAACUAGACUGGAUAUGAAAGGUAGUUGCCUUACCGUAGUUGUUAAAGGCACACAUAGGCGUGCGUGGUGUACCUAUACCCGAGGCUGAUUUUGCACCUCACCAGGGAUGGGGCAUGGCGAAGUGAAAGAAACUCACCAUAGGCUUCUUGUUUAGGUGGGAGGCGCAAGAGGUGCUCUGGAUAGUAGUAAAGAGGAUUGAAAUAUUAACCCUGAAAGCAGAAAAGUGGCGAUUGGUGAUAUCCUUUGAGAUGGUGACUCGUCUCAGGUGUCAUUUGUGCCCUAAAGCUUUGUGGAUUCGAGGAUUGUCUCCAAGGUGGAGAUUGUUGACUUAUGGGGUAUGGUGGCUCCCAUCCUCAUAAUUGAGCUUUGGCUCAUUUGGAAAAUCUUCAAGAUUUGACUCAAUCCAGUUUGUGGACUUUUUUUGAAGUUCACUGGAUUAUGAAAAUCCCAGGCCUGGGUUUUGCAUUGAAUAAUCCUCGCAUGGCCAUGAACAAUGAAGUUUGCACAGCCUAUAAAUUGGGAGCUUUGCUCCAUGUUUUGAGUAUCUCAGUGUGAGUGAGAUCCUUGAGAGGCCAGCAAUGUAGAGAUUAUAGAGAGAGUGUAGUGAGUUGAGAGAGCUCCCUUGUAAAUCUUGUCUCCAUAUCAGAAUAUUGCUCUGAUUCCUUCGUGGAUGUGCCCGAUUUUGGGGAACAACGUAAAUUCUAUGUUUGUGUGUGUUUGGUUUU